CACAGGUAGGGAGUGGGAAAAGAGCUAAAACAUGGAAACAAUUCAAUAGGCCCUGUGUGUAUGAGCAGGCCAUAGAAGCCCAGUGAACUCACCACAUAACAAUCCAUCACCAGAGCCUGUUUUUUCUCUUUUUGGAAGGAAGAGGAGUGCCUCUACAUGUGACAUCACAAGAAACUUGAAACCCUGAUUUUCAGCAGCCCUUCCUCCUCACUGCCUGCUCCCACAUUUACUCCCCUCUCCCCAACCUCUUACUGGGACAGUCUGUGCUUCUCUGCUGAGUUCCAAAAACUGUCCAGUGUUACCAUCUUCCCAGCCCAAACUGCACCUCUGAUCCCAGGACUUCACCGUGAAGGUUUUCCCUCUGCUUCAGAGAAUCAGCUGGGUCAGUUUCUGGAGAUCAGAGUUUUACAUCAUUGAGCAUAGCUUUGGUAUUUUCUCUUAACCAGAAGCACCAUCAAUACAACUAUCAGACACCUUCAAGAUUUCACCUUUCAAUACCUUUUCAUUCUUUUGAAAAAUUCCAUCUAUCUGAAGAAAUACCUCAGCCUACUGAACCAGUUAUAAGUAUGGAACUGCAGAAGCUAUCAAAUGGUAAUCACCACCAUGACGCUGCUGUGUCUGUGGAGGGAGGAGUCCCACCAGAGAAAGAAAAAUUCCAGCAGAACAGUGAUGGAUCAAAGAGACCUCAGUUCACAGAUUUUGAGGGUAAAACCUCCUUUGGGAUGUCUGUCUUCAAUCUAAGCAACGCCAUCAUGGGCAGUGGCAUUCUGGGUCUGUCAUAUGCCAUGUCCAACACCGGCAUCAUCCUUUUCCUGAUCUUGUUGACAUGCAUCGCUUGUCUGUCCUGUUAUUCCAUCCAUCUGCUGCUACGCAGUGCUGGAGUUGUGGGUAUUCGUGCCUAUGAGCAGUUGGGGCUCAGAGCUUUUGGUCACCCAGGGAAAAUUCUAGCAGCUGUCAUAAUAACAUUACAUAACAUUGGAGCCAUGUCCAGCUACCUGUUCAUUGUGAAAUAUGAGUUACCACUGGUCAUCCAAGCCUUUCUUGGCCAGACAUCUAGCUCUGACAACUGGUUCAUGAAUGGAAAUUACCUCAUCAUUAUCGUCACUGUCUGCAUCAUCCUCCCGCUGGCCAUGAUGAAACACCUGGGGUAUCUUGGUUACACCAGUGGAUUCUCUCUCUCCUGCAUGGUCUUCUUCCUGUCUGCGGUCAUCUACAAAAGAUUUAACAUCGCUUGCCCGCUGGAAGUGUUUGGUAACUACUCUGUGAGCACAGCUGUCCCAGAGGACACAUGCACCGCCAAACUCUUCACCAUCAAUCAAGAGACGGCAUAUACCAUCCCCAUCCUGGCAUUUGCUUUUGUAUGUCACCCUGAAGUGCUUCCCAUCUACACUGAACUGAGCAACCCAACCAAGAGAAGAAUGCAGAAUAUUGGCAAUGUUUCUAUCCUGGGCAUGUUUCUCAUGUACUUCUUCACUGCCAUAUUUGGCUAUCUGACCUUCUACGAGAACACUGAAGCAGAGCUUCUCCAUACCUACAGCAAGGUGGACCUCCUGGAUACUCUGAUCCUGUGUGUUCGGCUGGCUGUCCUGGUGGCUGUCACUCUGACUGUACCUGUGGUCUUGUUUCCUAUCCGUCGUGCCCUCCUGCAGCUGCUGUUUCCAGGGAAGCCCUUCCACUGGAUCCGUCAUAUUGCCAUCGCUGUGUGUCUGCUGUUUGCUGUCAACCUGUUGGUCAUCUUUGUUCCCAACAUUCGAGACAUCUUCGGCAUCACUGGGGCAACUACUGCUCCCAGUCUGAUCUUCAUCCUUCCUGGACUGUUCUACAUCCGCAUUAUCCCCACUGACCAGGAGCCCAUGACCUCCAGACCAAAGAUUCAGGCUGCGUGUUUCACAGCCCUGGGUUUCAUAUUCAUGACCAUGAGCCUGACAUUCAUUGGACUCGACUGGAUGAGUGGAGAGGAGCGAAGACUCGGCGGCCAUUAAGGUGCACCCCCAAGCCCUACAGCAACAGCAGCCCAUCGCUGCAUCCUUCCUCUGGUCCUCUGGAAAGGAAGCAAGAUUCAACCUACUGCUGGAAGGCUCAGGGCUUUUGUAUGACUGUUUUCAUUAAUCAUAUGGACAGUCCAUUCCUCCAGAGUGUUGAGAGGAGCCCAGUUUUGUCCUGUCACCCACCCAGGUUGAUAUAUAUACCACCAGGAUCCAUCACAGAUGGCGUUCCUCUGUUCUACAUGAAGAGCUGAUGAACAUGUUGACCAUGGAAGUCCCUAAACCAGUUAAAGCUAUUUUCGUUAGCAGGAGCCAAAUGUGAUGUAUAGAAACUGCAUUAUUACAAGCAAAUUGGGCAAAAUGUCUAAAUUCAAAAAACAUCUACUUAAUUAUCAGCUAAGUUUGAUGGAGAAAAAAUAUUUGGUGCUGCUGGUGGUGCUUGAUAAAAAUGCUAUUCAAAAAUAGAUACCAUUAAGGUGUUUAAAAUUAUAGUAAAAACUAAAUCUGGCUUCAAUCAGCCAAAGUCUGACAUUACAUUUAUACAACUGUAAUUAAUUUUGUAUAAUUCAUUUGUGAAUGAAUUUAUUCUGGACAGUAGAUGUGGAUAUAGUUUAAUAAAGAUUCACAAACA